AUGCCAUAUCUUGAAACUAAUGCCACAACCUUUUAUUGUGGGCGUGGUGGCUUUAAUCGUCUUAAGAGACGUGGUGGUCAUGUUCGUUUUGAUGGUAAUAAUGGUCAUGCUCGUCUUAAAGAUCACAAUAAAGGAGGAUAUCAUGGUCGAAACCUUUUCCACAGUCGAAAUCAUUUUCGUGGUAGAGGACGUGGAUCAGGUCAUGUGAACAAUUAUAGAUCCCCCAGAUAUGACCAAAAUAAUUGGAAUUGCAAAGAGAAGGGUAAGUAUAUACAAGAAGGUCCCUCAAGGAAUUAUGAGGAUAUAUGCUACAGAUGCGGAAAGAAAGGCCAUUGGUCUAAGGUGUGUAGAACACCAGAAUAUUUGUGUAAAAGACAAAUGGCAUAUGUUGAAGAAAAGGGAAAAGAGGUGAAUUUUAAUUAG